GACCCUUCGUUGCUGGGGACCAGGCCAUUGCCAGGUCUUGCUUGCUUGCUUCCUCCCUUCCUUCCAUUUUGGCAGGCAGAGCCUGCCUCCAACGCAAGAAAAGGCAGACUCGCCUUUCCUCCUCCCUCACCGACCGCAGCGCAGCAACCUUCCUUCUCCACCGGCGACCAUUUCCCCGGAUUGAUUCCCUGCCGAGAUCUGCCCACCAACGACAAGACAACCCCUCUCGCGCGCGAUUUCAUUCGGAGCCCCUGCCGGAGUUACUUUUUCAUCGCCAUGGGCAUCUCUCACCCUCUCUCCGACGACUACGACGCCCUGCUCUCGCCGGAGAGGACGCCUCCCUCGUCCCCGCCGCCGCCGCCGCCCGGCCACCACUGCCUGGAGCACGAGGUUUCCAGGAUGGACACGCUAGCCGGCAUCGCCAUCAAAUACGGCGUCGAGAUAUCUGACAUUAAGAGGGCAAACGGUUUGGUCAGUGACAGCCAGAUGUUUGCACACAAAAGAUUGCUCAUACCUCUACCAGGAAUGCCCAUGCCAGCUUCUGUGAGAUUGAGCAGUUCUGGCCAAAGAAUGAAAAGAACAUGGGCUCCAAAUCAUCAGCAUGACAGAGACAUCACUGAUUCACUAGAUUCAGCAAAUUCUGCUCAGAAGGGGGCGUCACCUGCAAUGAGUACCUUGCAGAGAUACUAUGGCCUAUCAUCUCAGAAAGGAAAUACCACGGAUUGCAGUACUGAAAUGUCUAUGUACUGUAAGGGCAGCUUCCAGAGUAGCCUCGGUGAAACAUUGCUCAGUUGUUCCGCAGCUCCAGGCACUGACAGAAGCUGGGAGUAUGAAGAGGCAGUUAACGGCUUUUCAUCAGCGAAUGGUGCCAAUGGGAACAAGAGCCAUGGGGUACCCAAACCCAAGCAAGAUGUUUCUAUGCGGCGGCGGCAGAAAGUGGAAGCAGAAUCUAACGCAACCGAUACCCAGGAUGAUUUUCUAGCAGACCCAAUUAAGGCGAUCAAGAGUUUGUUGCCGCGGCCAAUUUCUAGUAUCCGUCUAAGCAUGGGUACAGGCAGCCCAGAUUCCAGCCAGAAGAGCAACAUUUCGUUCCUUAACGGGUUCAAAUCUGUGAGGAAGUCGCCCAGCGCGCCGAACUUUGCAGAUGCAGAAAAUGCGGUCUCUAUGUGGUCUAGCUCAAAAUGGACAUUCAACCAUGAGUCCUUCACACGGCCGUUACUUGAUGGCCUGCCAAAACCGGUAUCGGCUAGGAGGAUGAAAACUGCCCUGGACUGAACUUGAAGUCAGCAUUGCAGAUUUUUCCUUUGUGAUCCAGCUUGUGUGAACCGUGCGGUGACUACUGGAUGGUGGCAAUUGGUGGCUGAGCAUAUCUGCUGUGGCAGUGCCCCCUUUCGGAUCAUGGUUACAAUGCAAGAUUACAGGCUGUGGUAAAAGUGUAGAGCGCAUUACAGUGCCAUGGAAGCGAUGGUUGUCCAUCAUUUUUUUCUUGUACCUUGUUGUGUAGCUUUGGUAGCACAUAUUAUAAUUUGACAAAAGAGUACGUAUCCUGCAUGUACGCUGUGUUGAUGAAAUCAUCAACAGAUUAAUGAUUCAGUAAGUCCGUUGUGUGACUGAGCGAAUGUUGUUUCAGUUGGUAAUGACUUAUGUUGCCUGAUAUUUGCACUUGA